AUGGACAAAUAUCCAAGGCUGUACCGAAUCUCUGAUCAACAGAAACAAAUCAUCAUGAAUAUGGGGAACAACACCAAUGGCGGAUGGGAGUGGAAGCUAACUUGGAGGAGGGCUUUUUUUGAUAAUGAAAUACAAAUGGCGGAUAAUUUCCUCGGAGAAUUAUCACAGCAGCAGAUUCAGCCAAAUAAGGAGGAUAAAUGGAGCUGGAAGCAUGAUCAAAGUGGAUACUACUCAACAAAAAGCGGAUAUGACUUGAUAUGGGAAGCACAAAUGGAAGCUAAUCAGAAUUUGGACUUUGUGGACAUUUGGAAGCUCAAAAUACCAAGUAAAUCACUGAUUUUUGCUUGGAGGCUAAUUAGGGACAGACUUCCAACUAGGAUGAAUCUUAGAAGGCGGCAGGUUGUGAUAAAUGAGGUACAGUGCCCAUUUUGUGGAGAUGUAGAGGAGGAGGCUGCUCAUUUAUUUUUUAGUUGUAAAAAGAUCCUACCCAUAUGGUGGGAGUCUUUAUCUUGGGUUGGAGUAGCAACAGUACCACCUCAAAAUCCUAGGGACCACUACCUGUAG